ACCUGAUAUGGGAGAGCUUGCUGCAGAGCCUCACCUAACUGUUUUCUGGCUUCCGAGUGGGUGUUAGAGCGUGCAGUAUCCAUACUGGCACAGACCUUGGGUUCGUGGCAGAGCAGAGACACAGAAGCACCAGCCUGCAACUAUUCCAUAAUACUAACAGCUGGAUCAAGCCAUACAGUUUCUUUGUCAGUACCAGAAAUGGUACAAUUGACUGUGCAAAGCUACAGAAGAUCCCUGCAAGAAUUUUCUGAAAGCCCAGUUAUGUCAAGAUGCAACAGCCUCAGAUGCUCCCGCUCUCACACUGGUGGACCACAGAGCAUCACUGAAUGGCUGUCACUGUGUGAAAAGGAUCCAGUGGAGAUUCUCCUUGAUUUGGGGUUUGGUACAGAGGAACCUGAUGUCUGCACUAAAAUCCCUCCGAGGUUCCUCAGUGGUUCUUCUGUGGCAAAAGGUAUUGACAUCCGAGUCUUUUUGGAAGCUCAAAAGCAGCGGAUGGACAUUGAGCUGCCAAACCUGUAUGGACGUUUUCGACAACUGGAAGUACUUGACCACAUCACCAGUGCCCUCUCAUCUUUGCUGACUGAUGUGAACACCCAGCAGACCAAAGCACAGGAAGCUGGUGGGAAUGUGACCAGUCAUUUGAAUGCUGUGAAGAGCAGAUCUGUGGUCACACAAGCGAAGAGGAGAAGAAUAGGUCAGCUCCUGAGAAGGGCUUCUCAGCAGACAACACUGCUGAACUUGGGCUCGCUGGCACCUGAGGAAGUCAGCAUGCCAGGCACAGAAGAACAGCCUCACCUUUGUGUGGAUAUUGCUGAGAAGGAACCAAUCCAGGCAGGAUUUUCUGCACAUGUUACCUUGCGCUGCCUGUCCCAGGAGCAAACCUGUAGAGACAAAGGUUCCUCAGCUUAUCCCCUAUCCCAGUGCCCGCCAGCUCUGCCAAGGAAAACCUGUGCUUCAUCGUGUUUAGUGACAAAACAGCUCCACCUUUCUUCUCCACGUGAGGCACCUGCCAAAGACGGGCCAAGAAAAGAGCCCCAUUUGCUUUUGGCCCAGAUGCUCAAAAAAUUGGCAGGUCUAAACUGCAGGCCUCCAGAUUCAUUUGAAAUGGAAGAGAUUCAGAGCUUUGAGGAUGAAAUUCCAUGUGGAAAUACUCCUGACACCACCUCAACAGAGAUGAUGGUGACAAGAACAAGCAGCUGCCAGUCAGACAGCAGUGGGUUCAUGGAGGAGCUGCCAGAAUCUUUAGUACUGCAAGUAAGAAAUCAACAAUAUUAGUCAGUGGGUCUAUGAAAACUCUGUAACCU